GAAUUAAUACAAGUAGUUUUGUAAAAGAUGAUUCAAAUUACAACAUGAAAUUCUAUAUCAUUUCUAAGCAUCUUAAUGACGAGAAGCAUCGCCGAGUUGUUAUAUCAUCCUAUAUAUAAAUUGUUACUAGAUACGCGGUUAUUUCAAUAAUGGUUGCUAUGACACAGGCACAUAUACACACAUCGAUAAUUUCAACUCUUUUGCAACGAUAUAUUUCAAAUAUCUGAGAAUCACGACGUAAAAGAGUACGUGCGAUCGUUUAUCAGUUAUAUCGCAUAAUAUUUCUGUUGGAAGCAAAUUAAAAUUCAAAGUAUUGGUUUUUCAAUGAAUUUUUCAAUUAUGGGAGUGUCAUGCACUCAUUUUAAACUACCUCAAGUAUCACUUAAUAGUAUCUGUUAAUCAUCAAUCUUCAUUCAUUUUUUCAAAAACAUUUGAUAUAUCAUAUAUAAAAGAUACACUUAUGGACAGUUAAACAAAUUGAAGUAACAAAUUAUUCACGUUUUAUUAUAUUUUGUAAACUGAUUAAAAUAAGAUAACUUUCAUAGGCUAAAAUAUUUUCAAAGAUGUGAAUGAUUUAGAUGACAUUAUCAAAAAAAUAUAUUUUCCAAAAAUGAAUGUUAUAGUAGAGUAUAUCUCAAUCUAUUGUGGCUCCCAGGGUAAGAUACAUGCAUAAAACUCGCGUGACAGUCACUGCGUUAAUAAUUAUUAAAAAUAUUUUAAGAUACGAAGCUGCAAAACCAACCACUCUGCACAACGCGAUUUUUAAAACUGUGCAACAAUCGCAUUUUGUGACAUCGACCCGUAAAAUAGAAAUCGUUCCCGCAUCGACUAAUUAUCGAAGUAUCGAUCCAGCUAAUAGACUGAACAACCUUGACCUUAACCUUAACUGUGGCUCAAGAAUUCCUAUAGUGUUCUCAAAUAAUAUAACGGGUCAGUGACACGAUAUUUCGCGAUUACCUUCGUGAAUCGUUCGCAGCCUCGAAGAAGAUUCGACCGUGCUUCGAAAACGCGAAUAGAAUCGUUUUGCCGUAAGGGGACAAUGUACGGACGUCCUUAUCAAAGCAUAGUCGCUUUCCAUUAUUCAUGUGUGAGAAAUAUAAAAAUUUAAUUAUAUAGUAAUUGUGGGGACAUUUAUUGUUCGUUACAGUGAAAUAUUUCAAAGUGAACAUUUUAUUUUUAGUAAUUUUAAUUUCAACAUGACAUAAUUCAGUAAAUUAUACUCGUAACAAUUUUUGUUGGCAUUGAAUUAUAGAGUUGAAGUGGCAAAUGAUGGAAGUGAAGAUUCUCAAUGUAAAUAAAAGAUAUUGGUUUAAAGUUGAUAUAUAGUGACUAUAAAAAGUAUUCGCAUAUACCCUUAUUUUCCAAUAAAACGAUAAAUUAUCAGUUUCCGUAUUUCAAUUUCAUAGUAUCAAAUUUUUAAAAUCCUAUAAAAGUACUACUAAAGGGUAUAAAAUUUAGUAUACUUGAACCUAACUAAUUAGUAUGUAAAUAUUAUAUUACAAAUAUAGUGAAGUGCAAAUACUUUUUUUUGGAUACUGUACAUGAUUUUAGCUGUUCCUAACAAUAGCCCUAGGUACUAAAUUCACUUAUUCUAGCACUUACAACAAUUUACGUUCUUUUCCAUGAAUAAAGAUAUUUUUUGCUCUCUGGAUACUUGACAUCAUUUUCUGUUUAAACUCUUCAGUAUAGCCAACAUUAAAAUUUAUGGUUAAAUAUUACAUGCAAAAAUUCAAAGCUAAUUUCUACCUUGUACCUGUACAUUUAACAAUAUAGUUUAAAAAAUUAUUACGCGGAACUUUUUGAAAGGAGAAAAGAAAGAGAGGAAAGUAGUGCCAUAACGCUAGUGGGAUUCUAAAUAACAGCGAAUGCGAACUAGUGCCACGAACCAGCUGCGAUUCGCGGCAUUCGAGACACAACUGUCUGACCGUGUACGUAUGUGCAUAUAUAUAAACAGAAUCAUCUGAAAAUUUAACUUGUGUUUUGGAAUCGUCUAUCUAGCUGGGUCUGACUUUUGGCUCUGUCUCCCAUAAUCCAAAUCGAAGUUUCGACCGACGCGUACAGAUGGAGGUUCCGUGAACCUAGGUGUACAUAUGUAUAUUGAUAGGCAUGCGCAAAUCGACCGUCAAGUGCCGGUAAAACAAACGCGGAAUACAGUCGCAUACAGUCCUCGCGACGAGUAUCACGUAUUUUGUGCAUCGCCGACUCAGUAGUGACCGAAGGUCCUUCGUAGUCCUCCAGCAUACAUACAUAUACAUAUAUCAUUGCACAAGGGAGCAACCAAUCAACUUAAACAUUCCUUUUCGUACGUCAAUAUCCAUUCGGUAUUGGCGUGGAACGUAAAAAGGAAGAAAUCGAAUUUUUGUGGCAUAAGCAACGGAGAAACAUGUCCACGGCGCUGUUAGCCGUGUUCGCCGUGAUCCUGUGUAUCCUGUUCAGGAUAUUAAACGUAAACAGUGCACCGCAGAAGCCAUUGAUCGUCUGUAAAGAUCAGUCAUUCCUAACGACGAUCCUUAAAAUCGCUCCUGUCAUCACAGAACCGUACAAACCAACAAGGCUAUGGGGUUUCAGUGGCCAUGUACAGACCAUCGUUCACAGUAUUAUUGGUCGCGUCCGUUGCCCUUGGCCGAUUGGAGAACGAGUGUACAUAGGACUUCCGGAUGAGACCACUCUCACUUACGAUCUUUAUCAACCACUAACUAACGACUACGAAGAUGAUGUAACAAUUGCCAUCUGUCCUGGGAUUUGUAAUAGUUCCGAAAGUGUUUAUAUCAGAACUUUCGUACAUUUUGCACAGUGCCAUGGGUAUCGAUGUGCAGUACUUAAUCACGUUGGAGUCCUUUCUAGUGUCAAGAUCACUGCACCGCGAAUUUUUACGUACGGUCACACCGAUGAUUAUCACACGAUGCUACAAAGUUUGAUGGAGAAGCAUCCGAAUACAAAAAUAAUUUGCAUUGGCUUUAGCUUGGGCGGUAAUCUUGUGACCAAGUACUUAGGAGAACAAAGAUCGAAUAAGUUAUUCAAUAUAAUUGGUGGCAUAUCUAUUUGCCAAGGGUAUAAUGCCAUCGAAGGUACAAAGUUCCUACUUAACUGGCAGAAUUUUCGACGUUUCUACCUGUAUAUAAUGACAGAAUCUGUGAAGAAUAUUAUACUUAAACAUAAAAAUAUCUUGUUAUCUGAAGAAGUUAAACAAAAGUAUAAUCUAAACGAAUGGGAUAUCAUCUCUGCUGCAACUUUACCGGAACUUGAUGAAGCAUACACUAGAAAACUCCAUAACUUUAGAUCCGUGAAAGAAAUGUACAAGUGGAGUAGCUCCUUGUUCUAUUUAGAUAACAUUACGACACCUAUGGUAUUCAUCAACGCAUUGGAUGAUCCCAUUGUACCUGAGAUGUUACUGGAACCUAUCAAGGAACAUGCCAGAACUCGUCCAAACACGUUGUAUGUGGAACUGGCUCAUGGCGGACAUUUGGGAUUUUAUGAAGGUGGUCUCCUGUAUCCAAACCCCAUAACAUGGCUAGACCGUACUCUGGUCUCUCUCGUAGGGUCUCUCACAUUAGCACAAGCGGAUAAAUUAUUGAAAGCCUCUUAACGUAAUUUAAUUUCACUAUCAUCAUUAUUUUGUGAGUAAUGCAUUCUUAGCUGUGAAGCAGCAACGACUCGUAUUUGUGAUCUUAUUUAAAGAUUUUAAAUUCGAACUUGAUUCGAGCAUCAAGAAAUUAUAACGGAUACACGUUAAGCAUGAAAUCAAGUGUACACGAUUUCAAGAUUCUUGGGAUCCUGCUCAUUGCAAGCGCGAAUUCGAGCGAAUUGAGUUUAAAUUAUAUUUCUUAAGAUCGUCCUGAAAAAAUAUACAUAGUUUCGAUAACAUGAUUCGAGAGAAUUGAUAAGAAAGUUUCUACAAUAGUAGCACAACGUUUCGACGUCAAUUUAUAUUUUUUCGAUAUCUUGGCUAUUGACGCUUCAUACUCAGGGAUCUUUGAUAAGUCAGCUUGAUAAAAGAAUGUCAUUACAAAAUUGUACACUGAAGACGGUUGGCUUUGGAGCCGCGUUAGAAAUUAAUAAAAGCUCGAUUGACUGAAAAUAGGGAUUCGAAUUAAAUUUUUAAGAGUUGUAAAAAAAGAAAAGGAAUGAAUCAAUUUAUGUGUAGAUUUUGGAAAGUCAACAAUUCUAUCAAAGAUACUGAGCACGACACUUCUAAAAUAUGCAUAAUAAAGAAAGCUUUGUUCCCUCAAUAAUGGAAUCACUUGAAUUAACAAACUGCAGGAUUUAUUUGUGCAUUAUACUAUAAGUAUAUGAAUCGUUUCAUAUGAUAUACACAUCUGAGAUAAUUCUAUUGCUAUAUAUAAAUAUUCGUUGUUUGUUUAUAACAAUAACGGACGUGCUACUUUGCAUAAACAUAUCUAACAUAUAUUUUUAAUACAUUUAUCCAGCAUCUUCGAAGCAACAUGAUGAAUUUUCGGACCCAAUUUAUACAUCUAUAUUCUUCUUAUGGUAAAACAUCGACAACUGUUACAUAUCCUAAUAGACAACCGGUUGAAUAAUCCUUGGGAAACAUUAUCUUUUCAUUUUUUAUAACACGAUAUUUUUGUUAUACAGUUGAAAAUUCUUUCUUAAUUGGUAUUUUAGAUGUUGCAGCAAUCUAUAAUCUUUCUCUAUGUCUACAUAAUGAGUGUCAUGUACAAUCUUCAUGAAGUUUUAUCCUAGCAACUAAUAAAGAUGCUCAAACAUAAACCAGAAUAAUAUUUCUUGAAUGAUAUAUCUCGUGUUAGAGGAAAUGUUCAUUUUUAAUGUUCGUAGUAGUAAUUCAUGUGAUUCCAUAUACAUUGGGCGAGUAAAUUCGAUAUUUGAGCAAAUAUUACUACUUUCUAUUUCACUGACUGAUUGAGAUGUAUUUUGCAAAUGUUCUAGAAUGAAUUCUUCAAAAUUCUCAGUUAAUGGUACAAAAAAAUAUUAGACAUUCUUCUAUAUCAUUAACAAAAAAAUAGAACAUAAAUAACUCAAAUGAGAUGUCCUAUAUAUUACAGCAAAAAAUAUAAUAAUUGCAUGGGACGAAGUAAAUUCAGUGAAUGCUUACGUUACGUAAGAAUAAUGAAAAAAAAAAAUGAAAAAAAUAAGAACAAGGGCUAUCGAACUUUAACCCAGAAAUAUUAUAUUUACAUAUCUUCUUUCAAUAAUGUGGGACAGAUAUUAACCCAUUGGGGAUAACGUCUGUGCACUGUACGGAGUAUGGACUUCCGUUUCGUUCCCUGCAGUCAAAGUCCAUACGGACCACAGCGCCAUGCGGGCAUUUUAUACAUCGCAUCACUUUACUUAUAUUGUUGACACGAUAUAUUUUUAUCCUAAUUGUGAUUUCGGAU